CGCUAUGACGUCACACGAGGCGCCCCGAAGUGGCGGUCAAGCUUGAGGCGUCAUCCGGCUGCGCCUAGUGGGCCGUUGCCUUACAAUUGUUGCGAGGAGGCGAGAGGCGGGGACGCUGGGGCCAAGAUCAUGUCUAACUGGGAGAGGUUUCCUUGGCAGCAGAGGACGCUAGGUUUGGGAUGAAAGAAGCUGGGCAGAUGCAAAAUCUGGAGAGCGCGAGGGCCGGGCGGUCAGUCAGCACCCAGACUGGCAGCAUGACAGGUCAGAUACCAAGGCUUUCUAAAGUCAACCUUUUCACUCUGCUCAGCCUCUGGAUGGAGCUCUUCCCAGCAGUAGAAGCCCAGAAGCAAAAAUCUCAGAAAAAUGAAGAGGGAAAGCAUGGACCCUUAGGAGAUAAUGAAGAGAUGGCCAGAGUAUCUACUGACAAAAAACAGGUAAAGAGAACUGGUCUUGUGGUGGUGAAAAACAUGAAAAUUGUUGGUCUCCACUGUUCUAGUGAAGAUUUACAUGCCGGGCAGAUUGCUCUUAUUAAACACGGGUCAAGGCUGAAAAACUGUGAUCUUUAUUUUUCCAGAAAACCAUGUUCUGCUUGUUUGAAAAUGAUUGUAAAUGCUGGAGUUAACCGAAUUUCAUAUUGGCCUGCUGAUCCAGAAAUAAGUUUGCUUACUGAGGCUUCUAGUUCUGAAGAUGCAAAGUUAGAUGCCAAAGCAGUGGAAAGAUUGAAGUCAAAUAGUCGGGCCCAUGUGUGUGUCUUACUUCAACCUUUGGUGUGUUAUAUGGUGCAGUUUGUAGAGGAGACCUCUUACAAAUGUGACUUUAUUCAAAAAAUUACAAAAACAUUGCCGGAUGCUAACACUGACUUUUAUUAUGAAUGUAAACAAGAAAGAAUAAAAGAAUAUGAAAUGAUAUUUUUGGUUUCAAAUGAAGAAAUGCAUAAGCAAAUACUGAUGACUGUAGGCCUGGAGAACCUGUGUGAAAAUCCAUACUUUAGCAAUCUAAGGCAAAACAUGAAAGACCUUAUCCUACUUCUGGCCACAGUAGCUUCCAGUGUGCCGAACUUUAAACACUUCGGAUUUUACUGUAGCAAUCCAGAACAAAUUAAUGAAAUUCACAAUCAAAGUUUGCCACAAGAAAUUGCAAGGCACUGCAUGGUUCAGGCCAGGUUAUUGGCAUAUCGAACUGAGGAUCAUAAAACAGGAGUUGGGGCAGUCAUUUGGGCAGAAGGAAAAUCUAGAAGUUGUGAUGGAACAGGUGCCAUGUACUUCGUAGGAUGUGGUUACAAUGCUUUUCCUGUUGGAUCUGAGUAUGCUGACUUCCCACACAUGGAUGACAAGCAGAAAGACAGAGAAAUAAGAAAAUUCAGAUACAUCAUACAUGCGGAACAGAAUGCCUUGACAUUUAGGUGUCAAGAAAUAAAACCAGAAGAAAGAAGCAUGAUUUUUGUGACAAAAUGCCCAUGUGAUGAGUGUGUACCUUUAAUUAAAGGUGCAGGCAUAAAACAAAUAUAUGCAGGAGAUGUAGAUGUUGGAAAAAAGAAGGCAGAUAUCUCUUACAUGAGAUUCGGGGAACUUGAAGGUGUUAGCAAAUUUACGUGGCAGCUGAAUCCAUCAGGAGCUUAUGGUCUUGAACAAAAUGAGCCUGAAAGGAGAGAAAGCUGAAACAAGUGCCCAUGGGUUUGAAAUGAAGCUGUCCUGACCUAGCGUUAUUCUCAAUGCUAGACGGUGUGUUGAGAUCCGUCCCACAGAAGGAAGAGCAGCACCAGGACAAGAAGCUGCGCCUCGGAAUCCACUAAGAAGGCCUGUCUACACUUCAGGGGAGCCUCAAGAACUUUCAUUGCACUUCUAAAAUUCAGCCUUGUUCAUUCAGAAAAUAAGGAUGGAUUUUGUGAAUAAUUGAAAAGCAUUUUUUAAGGAAACUAAUUUAUUUCUAGGAUACAAAUGGUGUUAAUCAGAAUAUUUGUAUUUUAGAUUUAUGUGUGGGUUUUCCAUAAUGUAGCAGUGUGUUAUUUUAUUACACAAAAUGAGGGAGCAAUAACUUAAACAAAUGUAAUCACAAGUAGGGACUGAUUUCUAUUUAUCUUGACUUUAUAUUAGCCAAUUUGAAAGGGUCUGCUUCACAGGAGGUCACGCCUCUGCAGGGAAUCACACACCUUUUGAGAAAUAUUAAUUCUUUUGAAUUACAAGAGUGACAGUUAGUAAACUGUUCUAGGGAAACAAAAGUAUCAUCUUUU